AAACUCGAAGUCCCGCCCCCUUUUGGUCAGAUCGUGCUCUCCGAUUGGUCUAAAGGAGACCGUGAAGAGUGACACCUCGAUCCACCUAUGAGGUGAAAGAAAGGUAGGAGCGGAGCAGAGCCGUAUAGAUCUACAUCCGUAGGUUAUAUAUCUAUACGGCUCUGGAGCGGAGUAGAAAAGACGAGAGAGAGGGGAAAAAUACACACGCUCACGAGUAACACUGGAGCCAUGAAGAGGUCAGUGUUCGUGGGGUUUGUCCUGUUUGCUCUCAUUCCUCUGAACGAGGCCGGCUGCUGGAAGGGCUUCCUCAAAGAGGGUGCGACUCAUUGUCAGGAUGGUGCGGAUAAGACCUGGCACCCUGUGGGAUCCUCCUGGACCAACAGCAGAUGUGAUCAGUGUGACUGUGACAGUACUUCAUUGACCUGCUGUUAUGGAAUGCCAAGAGUUAUGAACAUUGCCGAAGACUGCACCGUGGAGUACGAUUACGACACCUGCACAUUUAAAGUGUUCAAAAAGAGUGACCCAACGAUUGAGUGCCCUCAUGCUGCUGUUCUUAAGUGAUCAUCAAGAAAUGCAGUAAUUCAGUAUUCAGUAAUUCUUAAAAAUUCAGCAUUCUUAAAAAUCAAGCUUAAUAGAAGAGCAGGUACUCAGAUAUACACAUUCAUAAAAUAUUCAAGCAUUUAAGUAUAAGUAAAUAAGUAAUUUAAGCCAGUUAGUCCUGAUACACAAUAUAAAUAUAAGAACUCAUACACAUACAUAAAGAUGGAUUGUAAAGUACAGUCAUACUGAUAACCUUCAGACACUUUAAAAUACUGCAUAGCUAAUCUGGCUUAAAGAUAAUGCACUACAGCCUUAAACACUAAUAAUGAUUGCAGAUUUUUGACACAUUAAAAUGAUCCAUUUUCAUUCUG